GUAAGGCAGUUAAGGUACAUGCUUAUAUCAAUCAAAGGGCAUUGUUGUUGAAUAUGAUGAGGAGAUACACAAAGCAAAGAAAUUUGGUAAAACCCGCCAAGACAAGAUUCGCAACAGCUUUUUUGACUUUGUAUAGUUUUUAUAAGCAAAAGAAAAAUUUGAGAACUUUGUUUAUGUCAACUGAAUGGAAUGAGAGUAUCUAUUCAAAGGAAACUCUUGGUAAAGAAGUUGCAAGACACAUUAUUAGUCCAUUUUUUUGGAAUGACGUUGUUCAAGCACUUAGAGUUGGUGGUCCUUUAAUUCAUGUACUUCGUAUGGUGGAUGGGGAGAAAAAACCACCAAUGGGUUACAUUUAUGAAGCCAUGGACAGGGCCAAAGAAAGUAUUGAAAAGGCAUUCAAUUAUGAUACAAGGAAAUAUAAAAGUGUUUUUGAAAUCAUUGAUGCAAGGUGGACAGAUCAACUUCAUCAACCUUUGCAUGCAGCGGGACACAUUUUGAACCCAGGGCUCUAUUAUAAAAAUAAUGACAUGAAGACUUUAACUGAAGAUGUGUGGCAGGGAUAUCAUAAAUGUGUUGAGAGGAUGAUCCCAGAUAAAAAUUUGCAAGACAAAAUAGGGGAGGAGCUUGGUGUGUACAUGAAAGCGGAUGGCCUACUUGGAAUUGAAUCAGCCAUUAGAGCUAGAACCUUAAGGUCACCAGUUGAAUGGUGGAUGCAAUAUGGUCAUAAUGUCCCAAACUUGCAACAGUUUGCUAUUAGAGUGCAAAGUUUAACUUGUAGCGCAUCCGGUUGUGAGAGAAAUUGGAGCGUGUAUGAACAUAUUCAUAGUAAAAAGAGAAAUAGGCUUGAGUUGACACGCCUCAAUGAUCUAGUGUUCAUCAAAUAUAAUAGAACAUUGGCGCGUCGUUACAAUGCUCGUAAUACCAUUGAUCCAAUUUUGUUGGAUAGUAUUGAUGAGGCAAAUGAAUGGUUAACCGGAGCACCCCAAGAUCACCAAGAUGAAGAAGUGUAUGAAGGAGAAAGUCUCACUUAUGGUGAUGUUUCUAUGGCAAGUGGUGUUGAGGAGAAUAUUUAUAGUUUUAGGGGGAGUACUUUAAGGGGCAAUGAAAGAGGAGCUAGAGGUUCCAGUUCAAGUCGAAACCUUGUUGAUGAGCCUUCUGAUGAUGAAGAAGAUGAUGACCAAGUAGAACCCUUGGUUAUGGCACUUGAAGAGUUUGAGGAUCUUGUUGAAGAAUAGGAGUUUGAUUCUUUUGUGAUUUAAUUAUGUUUUUGAUUUUUUGCUUUAUAUGUUAUGACUUAUGAGUAUUAUUGACUAUCUAUUUACUUUUAAUCUAAGAAUAUAUUACCUCUAUUCAGUUAUUUAAUAUUUUUUUAUUUUUAUACUAAA